CUUCUCCGAUCCGAGUCCGACGAUCUGUCUCUUCUGUGUUGGUCGCCCCGGACACAGGCUAAUCAAGUUCAAGUUCGACCGCGCGCAGGCUAGCUCCACGCGGCCAUGCCAUCGCUAAUGUCGCUGACGCCGUGGCGGAGGAAGAAGAGGGUGCCUGGUGGGCCGGUGACGGUGCGCACGCGGCGGCGCACCUCGCUGGGUGCUCUGUGGCGGCGCCUGGUGCGGACGCUCACCUGCGCGCGCCGCCCCUACUACUGACCGACCGAUAGACGAUGUAUCUAUCAUCCUCCAUGGACGACGUGCUACGGGAGGAUGAUAUCGGUUGCCAGCUGAUGAGAGAGGUGCUGUGCUAACAGAUGAGGGAUCGAUGCAAUACAAUGCAAGCAAGCUUGUCCGUGAUGUGUUUGUUCAUAGUCGUAUCAUGUGAGACGGUUCUAGCUAAUGUAUCGUGUCGACUACUUUUUUAUACCACCUACGUAUAUAUAUGUAUAAUUUCUAUAUCUAAUAACAUGUGCCCUUCCUCUUGAAAAGUUUGGGCUCUGCUUGCCUGAAAUUUAGAUUGUUGCUACUUCAGAUGUCUGAAAUAUAGAUUGUGUUCAGUGACGUUUCACAUUGUA